GGUGAUCCCUCAGUGUAGAUCACGUGCACAUCCGUCAGGUGGUUGGUGGGAGGCUGUCAGCUGACUCGUUGAGGCCGGUGUUUGAGGCAGUCUACCCUCGGUUCUCCUGUCAAAUAGGAAGUCCUACACUGGGCGGCCGCAGGGGCUGUUUAAGCGACUGACUCCGUAAGAAUAGCCUUUGAGUCUCGUUUGACUGAAACGGGUCACGAACCGAGCUCAACAUGAACGGGCAUCUUAUGCUUUACUCUGGGGUUACCGUGGCCUUCUGGGCCACACUUAUCAUCGUCGGUACCUGUUAUACAAUAUUUGAUCUGGGUUUCCGAUUUGAUGUGGCAUGGUUCUUAACUGAAACGUCCCCAUAUAUGUGGGCAAAUCUUGGCAUUGGAUUAUCCAUUUCUCUAUCUGUUGUAGGAGCUGCAUGGGGUAUUUAUAUUACAGGUUCCAGCAUUUUAGGAGGUGGUGUAAAAGCUCCCCGCAUUAAAACCAAAAACUUAGUGAGUAUCAUUUUCUGUGAAGCUGUGGCAAUUUAUGGCAUCAUUAUGGCUAUAGUAAUUAGCAACAUGGCAGAGCAAUUUAAAGGAACAACACCAGAAGCUAUUGGAAAUCGCAACUAUCAUGCAGGUUUCUCCAUGUUUGGGGCAGGCCUCACUGUAGGAUUUUCUAACCUGUUCUGUGGAAUUUGUGUGGGCAUUGUUGGCAGUGGGGCUGCACUUGCUGAUGCCCAAAACCCCAGUUUGUUUGUCAAGAUCCUGAUUGUAGAAAUCUUCGGCAGUGCCAUCGGCUUGUUCGGCGUAAUUGUUGCUAUUUUGCAGACAUCUAAAGUAAAAAUGGGAGACUGAAGUACAACAAGGAGUAUUAAACUUGAAGCUUGCAGUGUGCAGGCUGUUGGUUCCUCCAUGUCGGAGAUCAAAAAGGAAACAGACUACUAUUUAUUCCAUGUGUUCCAUUCUGACUUGGUCAUUUUUUUAUUUUACCCCUUCUGAAAUGUGCUGUAAAGAUGGUGUAUAUAGUUUUAUUCAUCAGCUGUUGCCUUGUUUUAGGACUGUGUGAGAUUCAAAAAAAUAUAUAUAUACAUGUUUGUGAACAUCUGUUGAAAGAAGUUUCUUUUUAAUCCGCAGCAUAUUUUCAUUCCUUUCACUGUUGUGAUAAUGUUGGGAAUCUGGUCAUACAUAAAAUGAUAUUUUGGUUAUGUAGAAUUGCCUUGAGAAAUUUAAAAUUCAGGUUGUUUUGUAUUCCUCCCGCACCAGUUAGUCUGAUUUGAGAACUUUAUUUGUGUUAUACUUCUGCUGAGGGAGUGAACCAUUUACUUAAUAUAUACGUAUUUUUUUUUUUCUUGUAUGCCAUGAAAAUCAGUUUUGGCAAAUUAUGAAGUUAUUCACCAGUGUUUCAUACUGUUUACAUACUGUACAUGGAAGUUCAUGUAUGUGGGAAUUAAUCACUGGAGGGAUCCCUCAAUUAGCCUGUCAGUGAAUGCAAUUUUGUUGCUUUAUUCACCACAAAGUAGAGCAGUGAGUACAUUCUUGUUACUAUCUGAUUAGUGUUCUGCCUGUUUCAUUCAACUGUCAAUCAAAUCAAAUUCAUUUCUUGCAUGAAAGUAAAACCAUAGCCUAUUGUUUUCCUGUAAUGUUUAAAUGGCAUUAAAUAUCAUGAUUUAUGUAUAUUGCA